AUGCAGCAGCAAAUGCAGCAGCAGCCCCCUGCUGCUGCUUCCAGCUGGGGAGGCCUCUUUUCCUUAUGCAGCGGCUUCACCAGAGAAGUGGAGCGUCGCCGACGCCGCAGCAGCAACAGCAGCAGCAGCAGCUACAGCGGCUGCAGCAACUGCUGCAACUCCGUGCGAUGUAUUCCUCUCCCCUCUUUCUCGUUUGAAGAGAGCGAAGGGGACCCUGAGGGUAAAGCAACAAUCGUGAUUCGGCAAUGGCAGCGCACUGCUGCCGCUGCUGCUGCUGCUGCUGCUGAGAGCAAGCACCCGUUUGUUGAUGCUAGAGACUGGGCUGAUGGGUCAGAGGCUUCUGCUGCUGCGCCUCGACCCCUUGUGCUUGACGACCCGCUGCAGCCGGUGGCAGCAGCAGCAGCAGCAGCGCUGCGGUUUCUUGUAAGGCUCCUUGGGGGUGAUCCCGACAGCAGCAGCAGCAGCAACAGUAGCGGUGGCAGCAGCAGCAGCUGGAGCUCUUAUCUCUCCCCAGCCGGUUGCAUCGGCAUGCUGCUGGAGGCUUCCUCAACAGAAGCAGCUACGCUUGAUCAGCAGCAGCAGCAGCAGCAGCAGUGGCGGCAGCCAUGGCAGCUGCAGCGGCGGCCGUCGCAAGGGCAGCAAGGAAAGCGGGCUGAGGAGCAGCUGCAGCAGCAGCUGCAGCAGCAGCUGCAACACGAACAGCUGCUGCAGCAGCAGCUGCAGUACAGCACGCUCUCAUCUAUCCCCGAGCCGUGGGACUCAGACCUCUCGCUGAGAGGCGUCCUUCCUGCUGCUGCUACUAUUCCUGCUGCUGCUGCAGCGGGUGCUGCGCCGCCUUAUACGGCGAACGCAGCAGCCUCAGCAGCAGAAGCCUCAGCUGGGGGAGCACCACCACAGGCACAAGCAGCUACAAAAGCAGCAGCAGCAGCAGCAGCAGCAGCAGCAGGAGCAGAUGUAGACUGGGAGCUGCUGCUGCGGCGGGCUGCUUCUCGCAUUGGUAGCUCACAUGAAGUGGACAGCGAGGUAUGCCUUGCUGCUGCUGCUGCUGUUAUUGCUGCUGCUACUACUGCCGUUGCUGCUGCUGCUGGCCAGUUCGCUGCUAGCCUCGCUGCAGCUGGCCGGCUGCUCAGCCUCUGCAGCAGCAGCACGAAGCAAAAUGCUGCACUCAGGCGUGGUUACCUAUCCCCAUAG